GCAGUGACCCCAAAGACACCAUGGCUGCCUUGGGCAUCACAGUUGCCCUGCUGGUGUGGAUGGCCACCCUAAUGCUUAUCUCUAUCUGGAAGCAGAUCUACAGCACCUGGAAACUGCCCCCUGGCCCUUUUCCACUGCCCAUUAUAGGGAAUCUUCUUCAGUUGGAUUUAAAGAAUGUUCCAAAAUCUUUCACCAAGCUGGCAGAGCGGUACGGACCAGUGUUCACCUUGUACCUGGGCUCCCAGUGCACUGUGGUCCUGCAUGGCUACAAGGCGGUGAAGGAAGCUCUGCUUGACCACAAGAAUGACCUUUCUGGCAGAGGAGAAAUCUUCGCGUUCCAGUUGCAUAAGGACAGAGGCCAGCCCUUCGACCCCACCUUUCUCCUGGGCUUUGCCCCCUUCAACGUCAUCGCUGACAUCCUCUUCCACAAGCACUUUGACUACAUGGAUGAGACGGGUCUGAGGAUACAGAGGCUUUUCAAUGAGAACUUCUACCUGCUCAGCACACGCUGGCUCCAACUUUAUAACGUUUUCCCAAGCUAUCUGCAGUACCUGCCUGGAAGCCAUCGAAAAGUAUUUAAAAAUGUGUCUGAAAUAAAAGAUUACACUUCAGAAAGAGUGAAGGAGCAUCAGGAGUCUCUGGACCCCAACUGCCCCCGGGACUUCACUGACUGCCUGCUCCUGGAGUUGCAGAAGGAAAGAUACGGUGCAGAGCCUUGGUGCACCUCGGACAACAUUGCUGUGACCGUGGCUGACCUGUUCUUUGCGGGUACAGAGACCACCAGCACCACUCUGAGAUACGGGCUCCUGAUUCUCAUGAAAUACCCAGAGAUCGAAGAGAAACUUCAUGAAGAAAUCGACAGGGUGAUUGGGCCAAGCCGAAUCCCUGCCAUCAAGGACAGGGUAGAGAUGCCCUACAUGGAUGCCGUGGUGCAUGAGAUUCAGCGAUUCAUCGACCUCCUGCCCUCCAACCUGCCCCAUGAAGCAAACCAGGACACGGUGUUCAGGGGAUAUGUCAUCCCCAAGGGCACUGUUGUAAUUCCAACACUGGACUCCAUCUUGUUUGACAACCAAGAAUUUCCUGAUCCAGAGAAAUUUAAGCCAGAGCACUUUCUGAAUGAAAAUGGAAAGUUCAAAUAUAGUGACUAUUUCAAGGCAUUUUCUGCAGGAAAGCGGGUGUGUGUUGGAGAAGGCCUGGCUCGCAUGGAAUUGUUCCUGUUCUUGUCCGCUGUUCUGCAGCACUUUAACCUGAAGUCUCUUGUUGACCCCAAGGAUAUUGACCUCAGUCCCAUCCUAAUCGGGUUUGCCAAGAUCCCACCCCAUUACAAACUCUGUGUCAUUCCCCGCUCGGGCUGAAGAGUCCUGCCCCAUCCCCAGGCUCUUCGAUGCAAACCUGGAGUUUUCCUGCUCCCCCCAUGUCCCCUUGGUGCCUCCAGGAAGACCCUCCUUGCACAGUCUCAGUGAAAGUACUCAGGGAAGAAAUUGGGCUAGAGGUGCUGCUUUCUAGAGUUAUGGACAUCAGAUGAAAUUUGACAGCAAAGUCCAAAAAAGAUUGUGUAAAACUAAUUAAACAAAUUGAAACAAAAAAAAAAAAAAAG